AUCUGUGAAACCCGGACGUCCUUACUUUAAUGAAUUGGUACUUAUUGCAACAUCAUUGUUUAUAAAUUAUUCGUACAAUGGUUUUUUUGCACUUCUGCAACUUCGGAAAACAGCGAUUUUUUCAAAGGGUGUUAGUCUUUCCAGUUUUUCGCAACCAGUUCUCUUGGUUGUCCUUCAUUUUUAUGCCGUUUUGGCUUAUACGGCAUUUGGCGUUUGUUCGAUUUGGAAUAUAGUUAGAUAUGGUUUAUUUGCUGUUUAUGAAGAUCCGGCUCGUAUUCCGACGUACUAUAUGAUUUUCUUGAAGCUUAUUCAACUUUGGGCAGGCAAAAUCCACUUCUUCAGAGCACAUUAUAUUUCUGUAGCUGUGCUAAUGUACACUGCCUUCAUCCAACAGUUUACAUGUAUCGCGCAGUUGGGGUUUUCUUUUAUCGCUGUAAUUGGACUCAAUUGGUUUGUGAAUCAAGGCGAACUGAAAUCAGAAAAAGAGCAUUAA